AUGGCCACCAGCGAAGCCUCAGGCAAGAGCACAUAUGCUGUCGACAUGGUCAAAAGGUUCUCCGAGUAUGCGAAUGGCAAAACCUUUCUUAUCACCGGCCCGAGCGAAGAAGGUCUUGGUGCAGAAAUAGCUCUCUCCAUAGCCUCAUCAUCUAAACCUUCAAUGAUAAUCCUCGCCGGUCGCGACAAGACGAGAAUCAUGUCCGUUAUAUUCCUCAUCCGUAAAAUGAAUCCCGAAAUCGAUGUCGCCUGGAUUCCAUUAAAUUUGCUCGAUAAUGAGUCUGUCCGUGCUGCGGCAGAUGCUAUCAAGAGACUGAAAAUUGAUAAAAUACAUUUUAUAAUCAACAAUGCGGGAGUGAUGGUCGUACGAGAUUAUACAACCUCGAAGCAGGGGAUUGAGAGCCAAUUCGCUGUGAACUACCUCGGUCACUUUUUACUGACCAAUCUGUUGAUAGAUCGGAUUCUUGCAGCGAGAGAAGAGGGGGCAAUAAUCGUUAAUGUGGGAAGCUUGGGGUAUGAAUUGGGUGAGGUGAAUCUUGAUGAUAUUAACUUUGAGGAAGGGAAAACAUACAAUGCUUGGAAGGCGUUUGGACAAUCGAAGACCGCAGUGCUACUCUGGAACACUGCCCUGGCCAAAAGACUGGCCAAUAAAGGUGUUCCAACCCUUGUCGUACACCCAGGAAAAACAAGGCUCCUCGAAAACUCCAGAGUUGACCAAGAGCUACUUGCAAAGGCGUACCAUCUUGCCAGUGAAAGAAACGAUGGCAAACCUCUCCCGCCUCAGAAUAUGGUGACGAGGCAAGAAGCAGCUGGCGCCGUUAUUCUUGCCGCGCUCGAUCCCGGCUUCAGAGGUAAACUUCAAGUCAUCCCCAGCGUUUAUCGUUAA